AGCGUUGCGCAGCCCACAGGGCUUUAUGUUUUAUUUAAUAGGAAAGUUCAACUUGGAUAAAAGAUCUCGAGGCAGAAACACAUUCUUGAUUCACUGAACUUUGAAGAAGUUUGGUUAAAAAGACAUAAAAGGGCUCAAAGACGUGCAUGACAAAUGAAAGAGAAAGAAUCAUUUAAUUUAGCGUAGUCUUCCACUUCAGUGAUCCAAUGUCCCAUAAUUCCAAUGGUCCAAAUGAAUGGUGCACAAAAGAGGUGAAGAAGAGAGGACAGGCAGGAAUGGAGACAGGAUGUCAUGUGAGCUUUGUGACAGGAUAGUUGGAAAAUUAAAAGGAAAGGUUUAUAUGACUGUAGUCAGAAAUGCUAUGUGCAUGUGAUUGAGAGACUGUGGCAAAGAGGUGGAGAUGCUGAGAUCUCCACUGGAAGUGGGAAGAUUAGAACUGAGUGGAGGGAGAUCAGUGAAGGUUUAUGAGUUUGGAAGUAAAGUUAGUUUGCGGGUGGUAAAAUGACACUAUUGUUAUAUCAAUCUUAUUAUAUAACCCCAUUAAAAAUUCUUACUCGAGAAAAAACAAAUUACAUUUAUCAUUGAUGGCUAACAGAUGUCCUCUAGAUAUAAGGAUAAGACCAGCAGGCCAUUGUUAGAUUGUGAUGGUUCGCUGUUGUGAGCGACAAACUCCCACAUCUGUACUUCUCUAACAAAGACAUGACAAGUCUCUGACAACAUAGUCCUUAUGUCUCUGUCUGUGACUGACAGCAUGAAAGGCCUUCCUCUGCAACAAAUUAAGUAAUGAUGUGCUUUAUUUAGUGCUCUUCUCAUACAACAAGUACAUGGUUUGAUCUCAGUGGUAACUGAUGGAGUUUGUAUGUCGUGUGUACGCUCUCCCCUUGUGUCCUUGGGUUUGUUUUCAUGGUACUCCACAUGCAGGAUGAAGUAUAAUUCACCCCUAAACUGACCAAAGGUGUGAAUGUGAGUGUGAAUAGUUGUUUUUCCAGCCUACAAAUUAAGCAAUAAAUGCAGUGAUGUUGUAAGAGCAGAUAGCCUCCAGUCUCCUCCAUGUUUCAUAAUACUUCACGUAAAAGCUGGAGGGAAAACAGGAGGAAACAUGUCUACUAGUUUCAGCACAAACAUUUAGUUGCCAUGUUAACGGUGGUUAUGGUAAAGUACUAAAGCGUCUGUACUAAAGCACAGACGCCAAAACAAGAAACAGUGUGCAUGUAUUCCUUAUAUUCCUACUGGAACUCUUAUAGUCCUAUAAUUUCUUGGCACCAGUUAAUUAUCAGUAUCCAUACACAUAUCAAAGAAAUAUAAUGUCAUGAUAAUAAUGUUAACAAGUUUUACUAAACCAAACCGAACUGUUGCAUGCACCUGCUCCAGGAAUGACAUCAUCUGGAGAGCUUCCACAUGGCUCUGUUCCACUUUUCUCCCUGUGUAUUGCCUCGGACGCACGGAGGCGCUAGUUCACUGCAGGCAUCUACCCUGCCCCUGCCCUGACUUUGUGCAAUGAAACCAGACGUGCUACUCAUUCAGAUCCCCUCUGCUCACCGCCCCCACUCUUCACCCCCUCUCCCCGCGUCUUCGCUGUAGCUGCAGGUCGCUCAGUCAGUCCGUCACUCAGUGACCAGGGACUGCUGCGCCUGCGUCCGCCUCCGCUGCUCUCCAAAGCCGAGACGCGCCUCCGCCGCCGUCAGUGCGGGCAUGACACAUUCUGGCAGCUGUAGUGGGCUUCCGCCAGUCAGCUUUUAAACAGAUUACACAGGAGACAGGAAGACAAAUACGAGGAGAAGAGAGUGAACUGACUCAUUUUUGCCUCAGCCGUGCAGAGAAGAGCCGAUGAGUCAAUGGCAGGGGCACAGCCUGGAGUUCAUGCGCUGCAGCUCAAGCCAGUGUCCGUUCCCGAGAGCCUGAGGAAGGGCAACAAAUUCAUGAAAUGGGAUGAUGAUUCUACCACAGUGACACCGGUGACGCUAACAGUUGAUCCCAAGGGUUAUUUCCUGUAUUGGACUGACCAGAACAAGGAUACAGACCUUCUGGACAUAGCCUACAUUAAAGAUGCCAGAAAUGGAAAGUGCACCAAAACACCAAAGGAGGCCAAGCUGCGUGAGCUGCUGGAUGUCAGCACCCUGGUGGGAAAGAUGGAGAACAGGAUGCUGACGGUGGUGAGCGGCACGGACAUGGUCAACAUCACCUACCUGAACUUCAUGGCUUUUCAGGAGGAGACGGCGAAGGAAUGGGCAGAAGAGCUGUUUAACCUGGCAUCAAACCUCUUGGUACAGAACAUGUCCAGAGAGGCCUGCCUUGAGAAAGCAUACACCCGGCUGAAGCUGCAGCUCAAUCCUGAGGGGCGCAUCCCCGUCAAGAAUAUCUUCAGGAUGUUCUCAGCCGACAGGAAGCGUGUGGAGACAGCCCUGGAAAACUGUAACCUCCCUUCUGGCAGAAACGACUCCAUUCCACAGGAAGACUUCACUCCUGAGGUGUACAGCAUGUUUCUGAGCAACAUCUGCCCUCGCUCGGAGCUGGACCACAUCUUCUCUGAUGUGGGAGCAAAAAGCCAUUCGUACUUGACAGUGGAGCAAAUGACGGAGUUUAUCAACAACGUGCAGCGAGACCCUCGUCUGAAUGAGAUCCUUUACCCUCCUCUCAAACCAGAACAGGUCCAGCUGCUGAUGGACAAAUAUGAACCCAAUCCAUCUCUGGCAGAGCAAGGUCAGAUCUCCAUGGAAGGCUUCGCUCGGUAUCUGCACUGCGAGGAGAACAGCAUCAUUCCACCUGAGAAGCUGGACCAGAGCGAAGACAUGACCUUUCCCCUCUCUCACUAUUUCAUCAACUCUUCACACAACACGUACCUCACAGCUGGUCAGCUUGCGGGGAACUCUUCAGUGGAGAUGUACAAGCAGGUGCUGCUGUCAGGCUGCCGCUGCAUCGAGCUGGACUGCUGGAAGGGUCGCACCACCGAGGAGGAGCCUGUCAUCACCCACGGCUUCACCAUGACAACUGAGAUCUCCUUUAAGGAAGUGAUCGAGGCCAUCGCCGAGUGUGCCUUCAAAACCUCACCCUUCCCCGUCAUCCUGUCUUUUGAGAACCACGUGGACUCACCUAAACAACAGGCAAAAAUGGCCGAGUAUUGCCGCUCCAUAUUUGGCGAUGCGUUACUAAUGGAACCUCUGGAAAAGUAUCCGUUGGAGUCUGGAGUUCCACUACCGAGCCCUAUGGAGCUGAUGGGUAAAAUCCUGGUAAAGAACAAGAAGAAACACCACAAGACCAAUGGAAGUACCAAGAAGAAGCUGUCUGAGCAGGUGUCCAACACCUACAGUGAUUCCUCCAGUGUGUGUGAGCCCUCCUCCCCCAGCGCAGGUUCAACCAAGGAGGAGAUGGCAGAUCCUUCGCAAACUUCUGAGGGCGCCGAGCUCAACUUGAGGCUGCAGGGCAGAAAGUCUAUUGGUGAAGUGGAGGCAGAAAGUGAGGAUGAUGAUGACGAUGAUGAUGACUGUAAAAAGGGCUCAAUGGACGAGGGCACGGCCGGCAGCGAGGCUUUUGCUACAGAAGAAAUGUCCAACCUAGUCAUCUACAUUCAGCCAGUGAAGUUCAACAGCUUUGAGGCUUCCAAAAAAAUCAGUCGCAGCUACCAGAUGUCGUCCUUCGUAGAGACUAAAGCUUUGGAGCAGCUGACAAAAUCCCCUGUGGAGUUUGUGGAAUACAACAAGAUGCAGCUGAGCAGAAUCUACCCUAAAGGCACACGAGUGGAUUCGUCCAACUACAACCCUCAGCUCUUCUGGAAUGCUGGCUGUCAGCUCGUAGCUCUCAAUUUCCAAACUAUUGAUCUGUCCAUGCAGCUCAACCUGGGCAUGUACGAGUACAACGGCAAAUGUGGGUACAGACUUAAACCGGAGUUUAUGAGACGACCAGACAAACACUUUGACCCCUUUACUGAGAGUACAGUGGACGGAAUAGUGGCCAACACGCUGUCUGUGAAGAUCAUCUCAGGCCAGUUCCUGUCAGACAAGAAAGUGGGCACAUACGUGGAAAUUGACAUGUUCGGUUUACCUGUGGACACCAAGAGGAAAGCUUUUAAGACCAAGACAUCACAGGGCAACGCCAUCAACCCUGUCUGGGAAGAGGAGGCAAUUGUAUUUAAGAAGGUUGUUCUGCCCACACUCGCUUCAUUAAGAAUAGCUGUGUUUGAAGAAGGAGGGAAGUUCAUUGGCCACAGAAUCAUUCCUGUUUCGGCCAUUCGUCCAGGCUACCACUACAUCAGCCUGAGGAAUGAGAAGAACCAGUCGCUGACGCUGCCUGCUUUGUUUGUGUAUGUAGAAGUGAAGGACUACGUUCCAGACACAUUUGCAGAUGUCAUCGAAGCUCUGUCCAAUCCCAUUCGCUACGUAAACCUGAUGGAGCAGAGAGCCAAUCAGCUCGCUGCUCUCACCCUGGAAGAGGGAGGAGAGGAGGAUGGUGAUAAAGAGGUGGAAGCAGGAAGUGAUGCACCAUCAGAGUCCAAGCUGGACCAGAGAAUGACUUCGCCAGCAGAGAACGGCGUGAGCCACACACCUGUUAUUGCCCCCAAGCCUCCCUCAGUGGUCGGACAGACUCAAUCUGCAGGAUCUCUGAAGCCGUCGGUGAAGAGUGAAGACAUUAUUCAGAGUGUUCUCACUGAACUGGAGGCUCAAACAGUGGAGGAGCUGAAGCAACAGAAGGGUUUUGUCCGGGAGCAGAGGAAACAGUACAAAGAGAUGAAAGAGCUGGUUCGGAAACACCACCGCAAGACCAGCGAGCUGAUCAAGGAGCACACGGCUCGCGCAUCAGAGCUGCAGAGCCAGCAUCAGCGCCGGCGCUCGGCUCUGCAGAAGAGCCACAAACGAGAGGGUAAGAAAAGCCGGUCAGAACACUCCCUGUCGACCCUGGACCAGGAGCUGAGUGAGCUGGAUCAGGAGUGCAACCAGCGGCUGGCGGAGCUGAAGGAGCAGCAGCAGCAACAGCUCCUCACUCUCCGUCAGGAGCAGUACUACAGUGAGAAGUACCAGAAAAGAGAGCACAUCAAGCAGCUGGUGGAGAAGCUGACCACCAUAGCUGAGGAGUGCCAGAGUGCUCAGCUGAAGAAGAUCAGAGACAUCUGUGAAAAGGAAAAGAAGGACCUGAAGAAGAGAAUGGACAAGAAAAGGCAGGAGAAAAUAAACGAGGCCAAAUCCAAGGACAAGAAUGUGACAGAGGAAGAGAAGCUGGAGAUCAACAGAUCGUUUGUGAAUGAAGUGGUCCAGUACAUCAAACGGUUGGAAGAUGCACAGAGUAAAAGACAGGAAAGACUCCUGGAGAAGCAUAAGGACAUCAGGCAGCAAAUCCUGGAUGAACGGCCAAAGCUGCAGAGCGACUUGGACCAGGAAUACCAAGACAAAUUCCGCCGGCUACCUGUGGAGAUACAAGAAUUUGUUCAGGACAGCAGCAAGGCCAAGCUUAGCGAAGACAGCGCCCACACGAACCUCGUUUCCUCCUCCACGACUGAGAAGCUGAACCUGAAGACGUCGCAGUCAGAGGACGAAACGGACGAAGGGUCGUCGGAGCGAGUGUACGACACUCCACUGUAGAGAUAUGACCUGCUGACUUUGCUUCACACUGGGACACUUACUGGUGGAUAUGUUAAUGAGGACAGACCGGUUAGACUGUCACAACUCUGAACCCAAUUUUAACAAGCCCAAGGAUGGGAUCAACCCUGAGCCUGCUGUGGUGAGUAGAGGACCUCUCUACGUGGAGUGCAGUCAUGUCCACAAAUCUGUGCAUUCUGUGUAUUUGUAUGUUGACUGUAUUCUCUUGUCUUUUACGGUACGGCCACAGGAUGUGUUACACGGCAUUAACCUGCAGAAAAGAAUUUACUUGAACUAUUGCACAGAGAAAGUUGUUGGUGUUUUUUUUUUAAUAUUAUUAUUAUAAUUUUUAGUAACCAUGAUAUUGACAGUAGAUAUGGUCACUAAGCUGUGUGGUGCCAAGGUUUUUGAACUGACUUACUGUGGUCAUUGACAUUUGAGUGGUGUCCACUUGCAUUGUAAAGACAACGCUGCAGAUUUAGCCUCCGAUGCUUCCGUCUUUUUAGAGUCACACUGUGUAAAACGUACUUUAUCCCAGAAGCACCGGUGGCUCACUGGUUCUUGAUUUUGUUCUUACAGAACUAAGCCUAGUUGUGUUGCUGCUAUUUUUAUUUUAACUCAGUUUUAACCAUUCUUUGGUUUGUACAUUUGGCAUGAAAAACAUUAUGCAGUGCUGUUUUGGUGUGUGUGUGUGUUUUAAUAGAUUUAUUUUGUUCGUGCCAAGCUGUGGCCAGAACGAACAAGAAGGGAAGUGUGUUGUACAGUAUCUGCAUGUUUUCGAUGAACUGUUACAGUAGUUCCGUGGCGGAGAUGUUUAUGACGUGUGUGAAUCCGUUCUGUCUGAAACACCUGAACUAAACCUGCAAAACAUUAAACCUGUGGAUCCAUGCAUCACUGUGGCACAAAGUGAAAGGGACAGAAAUGAAAAUCGCCCGGCUUUCGCUAACAGUGAGACUGUUGUGUUCUUACCGUUUCCUACUUGAACAAAGACUGUAUAAGCAGAGAGAAAGGAACAGGAAAUAGAAGGAAAGGGAUGUUGCUGUACUUUUAAGAGAGGUGUUCUUCAUCUUUGUAGGUCCACUGUGUACCUACAGGUAAAUGCAGUUGUGCGUAGUUUCCUGUGUAGCAAGAUGUUCAGUUUUUACACAGUCAUAAGUUAUAGUAGUGGGGAAAUUAAUUGGUUAUUUUUUGAAUCUCAGUUGCCAUUACUGUACAAUUUCAUGAGUAACUGAGCUUCUUCCCCGUGAAAGGUCAACUUUCUUUUUUCGAACUACCCACUGCCAUGCAAAUGACUCUUUAUGUUACGAAUCAAAUCAUAUAUCUUUAAAGAACAGUGAAUGUGAAUGUGAAGGAUGGAUGACCUGGCAUGUAAGCUGGAGAUGUUGUCGAAGAGAUGACGUUGGUGUGAGAGUCAUGUGCCUUGAGUAAGUCGGCCUUGUUUGAUGUUGAAUGUGUGAAAUGCUACACUGUUUAAAUUACUGCUACUGUAUGAUGCUGUCUGAUAUUUCCAGUAGGCCGUGUGCACUUUUUAGUACAGUAACACUACUGAGUAAAUGCUUGUGAUGAGCGGUGUUUUCGACAUGUGUCUCAGAAGGAAUGCGAGACGUCCUUCUACUUUGUCUUGAACCACUUUAUUUAACAGCCCGCUGCCCUUCUCAUCCACCUAAGUGUAUGCACUCUUGAAAUGUACAUGUAUGUAUGACAUUAAGGAUUCAAUAUGAAGUCGAUGAAAAAAUAUAUAGUGUAAAGGGAGUUUGCCUGUAAGUAUAAUAAAUGUGGAUAUUAUUGUACUUUGACUGAAGUUGUUUGUUCUUUUUCCAUAAUUAAAUGCAGUCUUUUUUGUGAAAGUACCCUAGUAUAUUUAUAUACUCUGAUAAUCCACUGGGUUAACAAUGAGGCAAAGACUCAGUAUUAGCACAGCCUGUAUCAGCCAAUAUUAGCAUUAUGAGCACUGGUAGGUGAAGUAAACAACACUCAUCAAUCUUUAUAUCUCAGCAUCUGCUGGAUGCUUGGACAGACUGGGUUUCAACUGAACAUUUUGUCAACAAAGUUGUUGUGUUAGAAGCAGAAAAUAUUAGCAAGUAUAACAAGGAUCAAACUGCCAGAGGACUGGGUCAAAAAAUACAACAACUUAAAUAACUAGC